UUUUGGCAGUAUAGAUAGAUAGAUAGAUAGAUAGAUACUUUAUUCAUCCCAAAGGGAAAUUCACAAUUUCCAGCAGUAAAAGAGACAGACAGAGAGAGAGAGAGAGAGAUAUUACUUGUGCCAGUUGCUGGUUCUCAAACAGUAGGCCUAUAUUAUGUCUUGAGGUUUAACAGCACAGGCACGUGAAACAUGACGUCACUGUGAGGGGAAUAGUGGAAGUGAUUUCCCAUGGACCCUAGGUAAGGUAUGUUUCCAGAGAACCUGGUCAUCAUUUUCAAGAGAUGAGAAAGCAACUGAGAAAUGUACCUUUACAUACACAAAACAAUUUGUGAAGGUAAUUAGCUGAAUAUUUAGAGUGGAAAGCUUGGAGUGUAACAUGGCUGAUCUCAGUGAAUUCUACCACGUAAGCCUAUGUGACAUAAAUUUGGUAUCAUAAUCAACAUUUAAAGUUGUUUUUCAUUUUUAAAGUAAAGCACACAAACACUCAGAAGGUAAUUAGGAUCUGCCAAAUUGGUUUUCAGGAGUUUAUUAUAAGCUCAAAGUAGCGGCAAAUUGAUGCUGGCGAAUUUAGCCCGGAUGCUUGAAAGCUGGCAGCUCCCCGUCAGUGCAGUGAUGAUGGAGAAGAACAGCUGGUAUGAAUACAGCAUGCUGCUAAGCAAUUCUGCCUCUCUCUCUUCUCAUCUGUUUUAGGUGAUAUCCAGACAGACUUUUUGUGACAGUGCACUCUAACCUGUGUCACCUAAAUCACUCAGAAUAGUAAGAAACUGACCUUGGGACUUCAGGUUACACAGCUGAGCUCAGUACUCAGCAGAAUUAGAUGUGUGUUAGAGCAUGAAAAGCACCAGACUAUGCAGAUCAAAGAAUUGUAAUUAAUAAUAAAUAUGAGCUCUAAUAAGGCCACGACAGGAUUUCUGUUCAAGAAUGAAAGUAGGUGUAUUUUGGACAUACACUACAUUGCCAAAAGUAUUGGGACAUCUGCCUUCACAUGCACAUGAAUGUAAUAUGGAGUUGUCCCGCCCUUUGCAGCUAUAACAGCUUCAACUCUUCUGGGAAGGCUUUCCACAAGGUUUAGGAGUGUGUUUAUGGGAAUUUUUUGACCAUUCCUCUAGAAGCACAUUUGUGAGGUCAGGCACUGAUGUUGGACGAGAAGGUCUGGUUCACAGUCUCCACUCUAAUUCAUCCCAAAGGUGUUCUAUGGGGUUGAGGUCAGGACUCUGUGCAGGACAGUCAAGUUCCUCCACACCAAACUCACUCAUCCAUGUCUUUAUGGACCUUGCUUUGUGCACUGGUGUGCAGUCAUGUUGGAACAGGAAGGGGUCAUCCCCAAACUGUUCCCACAAAAUGUCUUGGUAUGAAGCUGAAGCAUUAAGAGUUCCUUUCACUGGAACUAAGGGGCUGAGAACAACCCCUGAAAAACAACACCUGAAUUCAAUGAUUUGGAGGAGUGUCCCAAAACAUUUGGCAAUAUAGUGUAUGUAGAUGCUCUUUAAGAAGUGUAACACAGAUAUCAGGUAACCAAUUACUGAAACAGUUAACAUUUCCUUAUUUUACUUUUUUUUAAUAGAGGUAAAAGGCAAAUUGCUUACCGCUUGUUGGGAUUCGUAUUGAAUUAAGAAAAAUAUUAUUGUAAUAUUCUUAUGAUAUUAUAGCAUACAUUAUACUGUACAUUUAGCUGAUACUACCAUGAUGGCAAGGUAUAAUGUCUGUAAAAUUAAAACAUACCCAAGAAGCAUCCCGGGCUAAGAAUGAAACCUUCAUCUGGACAUUUAAAAGAAACGCUGAUGUUUGUCUGAACUAGUCCAUGGUUUAAAUAUAAAGAAGAAAGGCAGUUCUUUUUGUGUUACAUAGUCAACAGAUUAAAGGUGUGAGUUUUCUGUCAUCACUUCACAUGCGUUCCUUUAAACCAUGCAGUGGGUUAGAAAGGGAUACACACACCUGCCACUGACACCUGCUGCAUCAUUAAUAAGUAAUGAGUGCAAUGAGCCUGAGUCAAGAGAAGUCCAUGCUAGCCGGGACAUAAACAUGGACAUUACUGUUCUUCCUAACAAUAAUCAUCCAGAGAAAUUCCUCCAACUUGAUGUGGGGAUGCUACCAGCCACCCACGGAAUGUUCCAGAUAGGAGCAGCACUUUCGGGCCAGAGGCAGUGGCACAACAGAGUAUACUCACAGGGAGAACAGAGAAGAAAAAAAGAGGAGGAGGCAGAAAGACCAACAUCACCAGAGGACAUGUAUAACUUCAGAGACAGUGAGCUGGAACAGCACAUCACACCACUCACUCUGAAACCGAAGAUCAAGCAAAACCCACUCUAUGUAGACCUAAGGACUGUCGACAUGGAGGAGAACCAAAGAGCUAAACCGUCCUGGACCAUUGAUGACUAUGACAGACAUUCUUUACAUGGCAACCUAGCCAAUUACCUACAGGAAGACCCUAGGAAAUUAAAUUUUUGGCUGGAGGAUCUCUACACCCCAGGCUUCGACUCCCUGCUGAAAAAGAAGGAAGCAGAACUCAAAAGGAAAAAGAUUUGCAGAAUACUGACUUCAGUCCUUCUGUCGGUCUGCAUAAUUGUGAUUGUUAUCACGGUGCCAAUUGUGGUGACACAAAAAAAAGUCUGAUUUAGAAAAUUAAAUGCAGGAAGACAGACUUUUAAUUAAGCACACGGUUCAGCAGUAAGGUAGGUAAGGCGUCUGUGUCUGUAAUCGCAAGCUAUCACUGUUUAUUUCAUUCCUGCUUCCUGUUUGAGGAGUCACUAUUGUGUCACUUAUUUAUAAUGUUGUAUGAGCUUACACAGGAGCUUGGUCGACGCCUAAUUUAAAGAAACACGAUUUACAGUAGUCGUGACACUAUACGGAAUAAUAGCGCCACCAAGUGACCAGAAACCAUGUCCCAAACCUGACACAAUGAACAGUACAGCCAUUUAUUACAAUAAACUACUUAUUGAUCGUCUGCUUUUAUAAGGAAUUGUAUUAUUUAAAAAAAAAAAAAAAAAAGAUUAACCAGUCUUUAAAAAUAAAUAGAGCAGCUUUAACGAUGGCGACUGGAUUUAGUUUUAGGAUUUCUUCUAAUGAAAUUCCAGAAAAAUAAUAAUUUAGACUUCAAUUGGAAAUACAUUAUUUAGGCAUCUCUAUCUGAUCCCAUGUCUCAGCAUUUCAGCUGCUGAAGAAAUUCGAUAAAUGUUUCAAGGUGAAUGCCAUCUUGAAAUGAUUUAGAAUAAUUCAUUCUGUCAUCCAUUAUUAUUCGAAUUUAAAUGGAAAUAAUGCAGGUGAGGACAAUAUCAUGGUGUGUGUGCAGUUAUUAUCUUCCAUCACAAUGUCCAUCACUAUGACAAGGACCAAGAUAGCUUGGGGUGUGUUAUUUAUCUCUCUCUCUCUCACACACACACACACACACACACACACACACACACAGAACAAGUAGAUAUUUAUUUUGCAAGGUAAUUACGAUACACUGCUUUGUUUUUGUCUGAUAAUGACUACACUGCUUUAUUUAUAAUUAUCGUCAUCAAAAAAGUCAAUAAAUUACUCCUGACUUUAUCAGCACAUGGCUGUUGUGUGUAGAAAUUCACAUACUUAUUCAGAAAUUUGAAGAAUUUGAAGAAGCAAGCAUUAAUAGAGAACUGGUCAGUUAAAUAUGCUAAUUAGAACAUUAAGCCACACCCAGAUAGUGAUCAUUUUCACAUGAUUUGCAUUUUCAGAUGUUUUUGAGCAGUUUCACAAAAUCCUAUUAUUGAUU